CGACCCAUUUCCGAGCUGCACCAGAGCAUGAGGAUCUUAUGGAGGCCAUUUGGAUUCUCAAGAAGACUUCUCAAAGUGGAAAGCUGUAGAAUAACUGAAUCAGAAUCAUUGAUUCCACUAGCUUGGGCAUCACUGAUACAGAAGCUUAGCAGAACACCUGGUAUUUUCUUGUUGGAUCAAAGAAAAAGAUUCUCAACCAUGCCUGAAAUAGAAACAAAUCAGAGAGACUCUGAAUUGUUUUCACCACCCUCUGAUGUUCGAGGAAUGACAGAACUUGAUAGAACAGCUUUUAAAAAGACAAUCACCAUCCCGGUGCUUAAAGUGAGGAAAGAAAUAGUCAAUAAAUUGAUGCGAUCCCUUAAAAGGGCAGCACUGCAGCGCCCAGGCAUAAAACGUGUGAUUGAAGAUCCAGAAGAUGAAGAAAGUAGACUAAUUAUGCUGGAUCCUUAUAAAAUGUUUACUGAUGAUUCCUUUGAGAAAGGAGAACUCAGUAUUUUAAAGCAGCUGAAUGUCAAUCCACAGAUAUCUAAAUAUAACUUGGAACUAACUUAUGAAAACUUUAAGUCAGAAGAAAUCUUGAAAGCUGUGCUUCCUGAAGGUCAAGAUGUGACUUCAGGGUUUAGCAGAGUUGGACAUAUUGCCCACCUGAACCUUCGAGAUCAUCAACUACCUUACAAGCAUUUAAUUGGCCAAGUUAUGAUUGACAAAAAUCCAGGAAUCACCUCAGCAGUAAAUAAAAUUAAUAACAUUGAUAAUACCUACCGAAAUUUCCAAAUGGAAGUGCUAUCUGGAGAGGAGAAUAUGAUGACCAAGGUUCGAGAAAACAACUACACUUAUGAAUUUGAUUUUUCAAAAGUCUAUUGGAAUCCUCGUCUCUCCACAGAACACAGCCGUAUCACAGAACUUCUCAAACCUGGGGAUGUCCUAUUUGAUGUUUUUGCUGGGGUUGGGCCCUUUGCCAUUCCAGUAGCAAAGAAAAACUGCACUGUAUUUGCUAAUGAUCUCAAUCCUGAAUCCCAUAAAUGGUUACUACACAAUUGUAAAUUAAAUAAAGUGGACCAAAAGGUGAAAGUCUUUAACUUGGAUGGGAAAGACUUCCUCCAAGGACCAGUCAGAGAAGAAUUAAUGCAGCAGCUGGGACCACUGUCAAAAGAAAGAAAACACUCUGUGCACAUUGUCAUGAACUUGCCAGCAAAGGCUAUUGAGUUUCUCAGUGCUUUCAAAUCACUCUUAGAUGGACAGCCAUGCAGCAGUGAGCUUUUUCCCAUCGUGCACUGUUACAGCUUUUCCAAAGAUGCUAAUCCUGCUAAGGAUGUUCAGCAACGAGCUGGAACUGUGUUAGGCAUCUCCUUGGAGGCAUGCAGUUCAGUUCACCUAGUAAGAAAUGUGGCCCCUAACAAGGAAAUGUUAUGCAUCACUUUUCGGAUUCCUGCUGCUAUACUUUACAAGAACCAGACCCUAAAUGGAGACAAUCAUGAAGCUCCACCUAUUAAACGCCAGAGGACAGAUAAAGACUUUUAG